AAACAAUAGAGUGCAGUUGUAUAACUUCAUUCAGAGAUGUCAGCUGAAUUAGUAUAAUUGUUUAUAGCUGAUAUUUUGUCAAUAGGAAUUUUUGUUGUAGGUACCUUGGGAACGAUUGUGAUAUAUUGAGGCAUAGUUAUAUCUUUUUGUGAAUUUUUGUUUAUUAUUUUUAAUUAUUUAUCCUCUUCAAAAGAACGCAUAACUUAUUUGACCAAAAUUUUCUGUUUCCCAUGGGUUCUGCUGAUUUUGAAAAUCUCGAAAGUGAACUGUUAGAUAAUGUAGAAAAAGAUGUACGUUAUUGGCAACAGAACGAUGCAAAGAUUAGAGCAGUAAAAAGUGUUUCUACAUAUCAAGAAUUCAGUGAUAUUGUUAAAGCGGCUCAUCUUUGUCCAUUAUCAAAGAAAGAUAUAACAAGAAAGGACAGUUCAUCGUGGAACAACAUUGCUACUCAUAAUAUGCAGGAUAACAAACAUUAUUCAUUUAGUGCUGAGUUAGAUGUCAAGGAUAAUAUUCCUAGCGCUUGUUCUCCAAAAGCUCAAGAGUUUAUUAUGACUUUUCGACGUCUUACUACUGCCAAGUUGAGGUACAGAUAUUUAAGUCUAAAUGGAGCGGAACAUGUAGCUGGUACAUUUAAUAAUGAAGAAAUACCACCAUCAGUUCUUGUUGAAUUACUGGAGACUUUACUUAUAUUUCCUUCUAACAGUGUUUCUGACAUAGUUGCAGUAACUAAACUUUUAGAUGUUAUGACUGGUACCAAAAGGUUUGAAUUGGCAAUAGAAUUUUUGAGUUCAACUGAGCUAGAUACAUUAUGCAAUUUAUUCAAUAAAUUGGAAGAAAGUCUUAAAUUUGGACAGCAAGAUUUGGCUGAACAAGGUGUGACAGAAUGGAGUUUGAGUACUUUAAGAAAGAAGUAUAGAGUAUAAUAUGUUUGUAUUAAAACAUUACAGUACAUAAAUUCAAUAAAUAUAUAUCCUUUAAUCUAUCAUAUGCUUUACAUAUCACUUAAAUUUGUAUAAAAUUACGAAUUUUGUGAUUACUUGUUCCAGUUCCUAACAAAAUUUUGUGUGUUUCCUUUAAUUACUUUUUAGAUAUUUAAUAACCUUUAGCAUAGCAUUGCAAUUAAAGUAUAAAUUACUUAAAUGAAUAAAAGGUUCAAAGAUUUAGUGAAGGGAUUAACUAAUAUUAUUUUCUAAUUUUUUUUAUAAAUAAUUUCUAUAAUAUUUAAAUGAGUAAUUUGUUUUAUAAAUCAUGUGACUUUAAAAAUAUUCUAAUUAUCAGCAUUAUUUAUUUUCUAAAAAGUGUUUCUAACACUUAUUCAGUUCUCUGUGAAUUCAUAAAAUAUAUGAUAAUUUAUUCACUAUAAUAUACUUAUUGUUUUAAGUAAAAAUUUGGCCCCUUCACAUGUUUCAAUUAUAUCUUGUGGUUUUAGAAAUACAUAAUAAAAAUAAAUAUUAAAUCAUAUUAAGUAAUUUUUUUAAACCUAUAUUUCAAAACUAAAUAAAAUGCUAUAUAUUAGAAUUACCUAAUCAAAACUUAACUUAAUAUUUAUAAAUUUGAAUAUAAAAAAAUAUGUGGUGUAAGAUGAAAUUUUUUUUUUAAUUUUAAUGUCUUUUAAGAUAAGAUAUCUUACAAAAUGAGGCUUUUACGAUUCCUUGAAAUAAAUUAAUAAAUUAGGUUAGUACAUAAUGAAUUUAUAUUAUUUAAUCAUUAUUUAUUGUUUAACAUUAUUAUACUAUACAAACACUUAAGAAAUAUUCAGUUUGUAACUUUGUUAUUGUGUUAUUAAUUAUUAUUAUUUAUUUAAAAAAGACUGAUACAUGAAAUUGAUAUCCUCUAUUCAAUCUCAUUCAUACUUUAUUAUUGUGUAAUUCAGCUUGAUAUAUGUUAACAUAUGUUUGUACUUGUUUUUAACUAUUCAAUGAUGUUUUCAAUUAUUACAAAAUAAAAUAUUUCUACAUAUUAA